UGGCGCCACGGUGACGUGCCGGAGCGGAAGGCGGGCGUUAGGUUUGAAUUGCAGCGCGCGGCGGGGCCGCGGGCGGGCGGUUGGGCCGGGGCGCGAUGGCGGCGGUGGCGGCGAUGGCGGCGCUGCCGGCCGAGGUGAACCGGCGGCUGGCGCAGGUCCUGCGGGAGGUGGACGACACCGACCUGCUGUGGCUGCAGGAGAUCCGCGAGCUGGCGGACCAGGUGUUCAGCAGCCACUACAGAGACGAGCCCGAGCUGAUACCCAAGACGCCGUCGCAGAAGAAGCGGCAGCGGAGGAAGCGGCUUUCGACCCUGCAGGACGAGCAGCAGGGGCCGGGCAGGAAGAGAUUAUCUAGGAGGAGGAACAGCCGCCUCAAACUUGUACCCUCCAGGCAACAUUCUCAAGAACUCCACAAUAAAGAAAGCCUGGAACUCCUCAGGGCUGCGCUCAAGGACGCCUCUCCACCCCAGCGUGUCACAAGAUCCCAGGCUGCCGCAUCCGCUAAACGCUCAGAGGCCGUUCCUGAGACCCCUCUUGUGCAGCAAGCAGGAGGGAAGAUUGCUGUAGUAGAAAUUCAAGUCAGCGAUCGCACAAGCGCGGAGCUGCACCUCCAGAAAAGCACAGCUAAACCAGCAGAGCUCUCCUCGCCCGUCCUCCUGAGCUCAGGUGAUGAUUCUCCCGCGGAAGGCAGGGCUGUCAAGUCACCACCUGCGCCUGCAGCCCCUGAGCCCGUGGUCCCUCAGACCCCUGAGGCCAACGACGCGGGAGAAAGCGAGGCUGUGUCCAGGCAGAAGACAGCAAAGGCAGCUGGUGCUGUGGUCAUUUCGAGCGACGAGCCUGGGCUGGAGGUGGCGGAUGAGGCUGCUCAGGUGGAAGAGGCGGCUGACAAGGAGCCGUCCCAGCACGCGCGGGACAGCCCAGGGACUCCAACGGGCGCCAGGCUGAGCCGCCGCUCCGUGCGCAGGAGUCUGAUGGGUAAAACGUCCCUGACUCGCAGAACAUCCUUGGCAGAGAAAUACUCGCUCGCCAGCAAGAGGAGAAGCAUGACCCGGAGAUCUGCCGCCAGCACGCGGGUCAAGAAGGCAGCUCGAAAGUCAUCUGUGUCCUCCAGUCCCACAGACGUCUCCAGCUCUGCAGAGGUGCCAGAGGAUGAAGAAACAGUUGUCAACGCUGGGCCUCCUCCUGGACCUUGUACCCCCCCCAAGCCGAAUCCCCAAAGUCCACAGAUGUCCCUUCGCUCUCAAACCGCCAACAGAAACAAAGAGCCACAGGAGACGAGCAGCAACGAAAACAACUUACAUAAGAAUGGAGUGACCCAGGAACCACCCCAGAGUGCCAGGAGAAAGCCAAGCUACAAAAGAGCUGUGGACGAGCGCUAUGACAUCCAGCACGCACAAGACGGAGGGCUCUCUCCUCCGAGAAAGAAGGUGCCAUCCCCUGCCUUUCCAGCCAGCAAAGUGGUGCGGCCUUUCAAAACGUUUUUGCACACCGUGCAGAAGAACCAGCUUCUCAUGACGCCGACCUCUGUGGGGAGACAUGGCGUGAUAAAAUCUUUCAUCAAGUACAACACUCCUGAUCCCAAGGAAAAGGAGAGGCAGAAACUGGAGACUCUGCGGAAAAAGCAAGAGGCCGAGCAGCUGAGAAAACAAAAGCUGGAGGAAGAAAAGAAACGGCGUCUGGAAGAGGCAAAGCUGAAGCGCGAGGAGCGGCUGCGCAAGGUCCUGCAGACUCGGGAGCGGGCCGAGCAGAUAGAGGAGGAGAGGAAGAGGCGCAUCGAGCAGAAGAUCGCUCUGUCUGAGGAGAAGACUGAGAAGGUGCGGGAGGAGAGGCUGGCGGAAGAGAAGAUCAAGAAGAAAGCGGCUGCCAAGAAGCUGGAGGAAGCAGAGGCGCGGCGCAGGCAGGAGGAGGAGGCCAGGAGGCAGAGAGCGCUGCAGCAGGAGGAGGAGGAACGUCGGCACAGAGAGCUGGUGCAGAAGAGGAAGGAAGAGGAGCAGGAACGUGCCAGGAAGGCUGCAGAGCAGAGACAGGCGGAACAGGAGAGAGAGCGACAGCUGGCUGCGGAGAGGGAGCUGGAGAAGAAGAAGGAACAGGAGAGGAUCCAGGCAGAGAAGCUGCGGGAGCAGCAGGAGCGGGCUGCUCGCCUGCAGAAGGCUGUGCUGGCUGCGGAGCAGCAGCUCCACAGGGAGACGGAGAAGAAACAGGAGCAGCAGAGGCUAGCAGAGGCGAAGAGGCAGGAGCAAGAACAGAAGAAACUGCUAGAGGAACAAAAGGCUAAAGACUUAGCCCAAGCGCAGCACCCAGGAAACAAUGAGACCCCACCCGCCUCCGAGUCGUACCAGAUGACUCCACAGAGCCGGAAAGCCCCGAAGCCCCUCGCGGUGAAUACAGCUGACAACUACGGAAUGGAUCUGAACAGCGACGACUCCACCGAUGACGAAAGCCACCCCCGCAAGCCCAUCCCCGCCUGGGCCACGGGGAGCCAGCUGCGCCAGGCCGUCCUGCAGCAGUACCGCCACCCGCCCAGCCUGCGGGCGCUGUUCGGGGCCAUCGCGGUGCCGCGGCUGGAGAGCAUCUUCCGCAAGAGCAAGCCGCGCUACUUCAAGCGCACGAGCUCCGCGGUGUGGAGCUCCCCGCCGUUCCCCGGGGCCCGGCCGGCGCUCGCGCUGCCCCACGGCCCCAGGAAGUAGCGGGGGCGGCGGCGGGGGCUCCGGCUGCGGGGGAGAAAAGAUCCUGCGCAGUGUCUGUAAAUCUGUAGGUUUUAGCGUUGAAUAAAGGUCAGCUGGUUUUGGGCCUCUCCCAUCUUCUGGUUUUGGGGCUUUUUUCUCACUGUGGGUUUUGGGAGGUAUUGCCUCGGGAGGGAUGCGCUUCCACUCAUCACAGGCCUCGUUAGGCUGCUUGUCACUAAUCGAGGCACAUCUAAAAUUCACACUCUUUUAGAACAGAAUUAUAUACAUUAUUUGUCUCAAAGCAGAAGAACAUGAACAAAGCGCCGCGUUUCCAAGGCCGCCCUCGCUCACUCCCCGUGGGACCCGCUCCAGGGACACAGAGUCAGGAUGGGCUCUGCCAGGACAGCUGCUGGAGCCGCCUCCGGGAGCUUCUCCAUGGAACCGCUGCGCCGCGGCCCCGGAGCUGCGGUGUCCGCGUGACGCCGGGGCUGAGCCCGCGACCCGCGAUCCCGCGGCCGCAGCUCCCAGACGGGCCGGGGAGCGGACGGGAGGGAGCACAGCCAGAUGGGGCACGGCGGGUGCCUCCCGAGACCGCGCUCGUGUUCUGACAGCCCGAUCCUCCCCGCGCAGCACGGUGUCUGCGUCCCGCUCGCCGCUGGCACACGCGCUGCAGCCCGCUGGCAUGAAGCUCGCCGCUCCACUGCUCCUCGCCCUGCUGCUCUGCAGCUCCCUCGGGGCCGGGACCCCCGGGACCGUCCCCAGCCUCCUCCGGACGCUGCUCCAGGGCUCUGUCGAGCAGCUGCGCUCGGGGCCGAUGGCUCAAUACGCAGUGGACAACACAACCGGCGCCGCCCUGGGCUCCUUAAAGGAAUGCAUUGACCAGCUUUCUCCUGAGCACCUGCGCGCCCUCGUCGACCUGCUGAACCUGGUUCGCACAGAGGCCUGAAGUGACAAGAGAUUUGAUCUGGCUGCCGAUAACGCUCAGGAGCUCCAGCUCCUCGUGCCCAGCGCCUCUGGCAAAGCAACAAAUACAAACACUGCAGAAACCAGGAUCCUGGCACCUAUUCUACUAAACCACGUGCUGACCACGACACUCGUCACCUUCCAGACUACCACAGAUCUUAUUUCUUUAGAGGGAACAUCCAAGGUCUAAAUAAAAUUCAGAUGAUGCUUUAAAAUCA